GCAUCACGGUCUCACCUACACCUCUGCUCAGAGCCGCGACGCCCCUCCCUCUCCCGGUCCACACCGAUAAAUGGGUUAAUGCUGUCACCAGGAGAAGACAAAUGAACCGAGCACACACAACAGGAGAUCCCUUUCUCCCGAACUAACCCCUCUUCGCUCGCCGUUGCUGCUUUAUCGAUUGAGAAGAAACAUUCUCCUUCAUUUGUUUUUGUGAUUCGGAAAAUAUUUGAUCUGCAAGCUUUAUUGAGACAGAGAAGCGGACUGGUAUCACCGGCGCUCCAGAUCCGUGGGCGACUGGGCAGGGAGGUGUCUGUCGGUCUGUCUGCUGCAGGAGUGAAUCAUUGCGUCGGGGCUCGGAAGAUUAGACACCCCGCUUAUCACCACUCCAACUCCCGGAGGUCUCUGAUGGUAUUUGGAGAUAGAGACGGAUAAGUGAGCCAAUUCAAAUAGAUUACAACUAAACUGAUAUCGUCUGUGCACCUAUUAAGUAGCCUGCCCUAUAGGAUUUUAAAUGGGGUUUUAAAAAGGCACUACAAGUCUCACUGGAGACUUGGAUCAGUGACGUUUUGGCGUUUGCCAUAUCAGGUGAUCUUGAAGAGUGAAAAGAAAAGAUUUGAAGAUCAUUACAUUUUGGGGGGGAUCCCAAUCACUUCCAGAAAAUAGCUGUCUGAUAUGAGUGUAAACAGAGUCGAGUCUGGGUGACCCCCCUAGCCUGAUAAAAACGGAUUGAAUCUUAAUUGACCGGAUCAGCGUCUUAACAGAGAGAAGAUGCCGUUCCACCACGUCAGGUCUACUCUGCUCUACACUGGAAGUCUCCUGAGCCGGACACUGUCUGAAGGGAGCGAAACCUUCCAACUCACCAGCAUCUCCACAGAGGAGCUAGGAGAGAUCCGGGAGGCGUUCCGGGUGCUGGACCGGGAUGGGAACGGGUUCAUCUCUAAGCAGGAGCUGGGCAUGGCUAUGAGAUCCCUGGGGUACAUGCCCAGUGAGGUGGAGCUGGCCAUCAUCAUGCAGAGACUAGACAUGGAUGGUGAUGGUCAGGUUGACUUUGAGGAGUUUGUGACGAUAUUGGGACCCAAACUGCUGUCGUCUGAGACCAGAGAAGGUUUCCUUGGAAGCACCAUCGAUAACAUCUUCUGGCAGUUUGACAUACAGCAGAUGUCCCUGGACGAGCUGAAGCAGGUUCUGUUUCACGCAUUCCGAGACCACCUGACGAUGAAGGACAUCGAGAACAUCAUCAUCAACGAAGAGGAGAGCCUCAACGAGACAGGGAACUGCCCCGAGUACGAGGGAGUCCAUCCUAAGAAGAAGAACAGACAGACAUGCGUGAGGAAGAGCCUGAUCUGCGCCUUUGCCAUGGCCUUCAUCAUCAGCGUCAUGCUCAUCGCGGCCAAUCAGAUGCUGCGGAACGGCAUGGAGUAAGCCAAUCACACUGUGAGCCUGGGGAGUGGGCCUUACAGUUAAAUGACCUCACUUCCUCUCUCUGCAGCAAAAACAGGAAGACAGACCAGCCAGAACCCAAACACCUCUGUGAAGGACAACUAUCUGUUAUUUUAAUGACGUUUGUUUUGAUUUAUAUCAUGAACAGUAAACAGACAAGAGAGUGCAAGUACUGAAGGACACACACGGAAAAUGUCAUUUUCAGUGGAAAAAAAGACAAAUCAAAUCAAAAACACUAAGAGGACUUGAUGAACAGACUGGACAUGAUACAAAGCAAUCUUUUAUAUUUUGUGGGCAUAAAGGGAUUCCUUUCAUUUCUGUAUCAGAGAAGGCCACCCCUUUUAGAAUGAUUUUCUAACCACCCCUUUAAAAUAAAUGUUUUGUUUUUUUACCUCCUAUUUAAAAGAUCAAUUGUCUAAUCAAAAGCAAUCUAUUGAACAUGCAUCAGGUGCUUUGAGCCAUUCCUAAUUUUUAACUGAACUUUUGGUUCUGGGUUUACUUCAGGGGGGAAACAUUACCUGACAAGCGCUCCUGCUGUUUAAUGUUUUAAACUGUAUCUAAACGUGUUAAUCUGUUAUUUUUUAUUAUUAUUCUACUAUCUUAUAUAUUUACAUGUUAUAGUCACUCACCUGUGGACAUUAUACCAAUGUAUGUUUACACUGUAACAGAGAUGGUUCGUGACUUGAGGACAAACUCGUGUUAGCUCCCAGAACAAACCCCUAGGCUUUAGCUCAGCUGACUUCCAUAGUCUUAAAUCACAUAGGCAUCAUUCUACACCUGACAUUCCCUCCCUCACAAUGUUGCUACAGUAUAGUCGACUGUGUCUGUCUCUAUGUCUGUCUGUAUGCACUGCAUGUGACUCAGUGGAUAUUUAAAGGCACUGUAGGUUUGUACAGUAUUUACCGUAUGUUGUGUCACUCUACGUGUCCAUAGGGCGGUGUUCUGUGUCAACUGUCCCUAAAGGCUUGGAACAUGAACCACCUGGCCUUCUUGGUCCAUGAAUAAUAAGGUUGUGGUCAUGUAAAAUUGCUUUUCAUUCCAGAAAGUUGUUGUUUUCCCCCCUCAGCCCACGUUCACUCGCCUUCACAGAUCUGACAGGACUGACUGGAUGGAUGAAUGCAACAUGGUGGAAUCUCCACCUCCUAUCCAAUCUGACUGGAUGGAUGGAUGAAACAUAUCCAAUCUGACUGGAUGGAUGAAUGCAACAUGGUGGAAAGCCCACCUCCUAUCCAAUCUGACUGGAUGGAUGAAUGAAACAUAUCCAAUCUGACUGGAUGGAUGGAUGAAACAUAUCCAAUCUGACUGGAUGGAUGAAUGCAACAUGGUGGAAAGUCCACCUCCUAUCCAAUCUGACUGGAUGGAUGAAUGCAACAUGGUGGAAAGUCCACCUCCUAUCCAAUCUGACUGGAUGGAUGAAACAUAUCCAAUCUGACUGGAUGGAUGAAUGCAACAUGGUGGAAAGUCCACCUCCUAUCCAAUCUGACUGGAUGGAUGAAUGCAACAUGGUGGAAAGUCCACCUCCUAUCCAAUCUGACUGGAUGGAUGAAUGAAACAUAUCCAAUCUGACUGGAUGGAUGAAUGCAACAUGGUGGAAAGCCCACCUCCUAUCCAAUCUGACUGGAUGGAUGGAUGAAACAUAUCCAAUCUGACUGGAUGGAUGAAUGCAACAUGGUGGAAAGUCCACCUCCUAUCCAAUCUGACUGGAUGGAUGAAACAUAUCCAAUCUGACUGGAUGGGAUGAAUGCAACAUGGUGGAAAGUCCACCUCCUAUCCAAUCUGACUCAAUCUGACUGGAUGGAUGAAAGCAACAUGGUGGAAUCUCCAGCAUUUAUCCAAUCUGAAGGCUUGUUUUCUUGGCACCUACUGUACCAGGGCCCAUAUUCACAAAGCAUCUCAGAGUAUGACGGCUGUUCGAGGAUCAGUUUUCCCUUUUAAAUCAUAAUCAUUAGGAUUAUAUAGACAGGGAGGGGGUGCUGAUCCUAGACUGAAUACGGGCCCAGUCAGAUGUCUUAGAUCUGUGAGACGGACUAGGGGAGUGAACGAGCUAGGGCAAAGGAAGAGAAGCAACCUUUUAUGAUGAACUGCACACUCAGACCAGGACAGAUCAAAUAUUUAUACUAAAAUAUAUAUUCCAUUACCUCUACAUCAAUAUGCAUGUAGCUGCUAUUUUAGUAUUCCUUUUCCUUUGGAGGAUGAAGGUUAAAAUCAAUUCAACCUUUCCUAUGGCCUUGAUUUUAAAUGUGUGUAUUGUGUGUAUGAACUACUGUCACAUUUUACUUUCAGAUUUAUACUGAAUUCUCUAUUUAUUCCAACUAUUAAUCAAAUCAGAAUGCAGAGGGGAAUAUUUGGUCAUAAAUAUGCAAAUACAAGGUCACAUGGCCAUAAUCACCACCGAGCUGUUUCAUCUCUUUUACACUGCUUGUCAUAGGACUGCAUGACUCACUGAGGCCUGGGGACACAUGUAUCAAGCGUCUCUGAGUAGGAGAGGCUGAUCUAUGGACAGGAUGGAGCUAAUCAGUACUGCUACUCUGAAAUACAUACUGUUCUUCACACAGUAACGUGUUCAAGUCAAAGUAUAUUCGUUUGCAGAGGUCUUUUCAUUGUUGAAAUGUUUUCACUCUCAAUACCACAUGUUUAGGCUACUAUAAUAUAUAGAUAUUUUUGGACCAUGUAGUGUAGUUCUUCACACUCAAAGUCAUCUUGCUGUCUCAGAUAUCUAAAUAUAUUUAUAUGUGAUUGCAAAGGAACAUUCUGGCCCAUUGGUACAUUAGUCUAUUAUUGUUAUAAGCCAUUAUGGUCCCUGACACCAGCAUCUAAUCGUAAUGUGUAUGAAUAUUAGUCAUAGUUUUAAUAUUGUAAAUGUUUCUGUCAUAUAUUUUUCAACCUGGUAAAGGGGAUGUACUUGGGCUAAGAGAGAGCGUCUAUAACCAGCACUGGUGGUUUGGAGACCUGUGGUUUUGCGAUCAAUGGAGGCUGGUGGGAGGAGCUAUAGAAGGACAGGCUUAUUUUAAUGUCUGGAAUGGAAUAAAUGGAACAGAGUCAAACAUUUGGUUUGCAUAUGUUUGAUACCAUUACAUUUAUUCCAUUCAAACCUUUACAAUGAGCCCAUCCUCCUACAGCUCCUCCCACCAGCCUCCAUUGUUUGAGAUUAUAUAAAUGUCAAAAAAUAUGUUUAUGUAUUGCACAGAGAGAAAUCUAAAAAGAAAGAAAAACAGCAAUAUUAAUGAUGGUAACAUACAAAUAAAGAUAUGUAGUCUGUAUAAACAUAAUCAACCUGUGGUUAUGCAAUAAAAUCUUUUUUAUAUAUAUAGAAACAAAAAAA